CCUGCCGUUGUUGUUUUUUGCAACGCGGUAAGAAGAGGUCACUGAAAACAACACUGAAUUAUGGAUAAAUUUGCUAAAACAGUUAUUCAUCUGAAUACAAGUUUAAGAUCAGCAUAUAUAGCUUUAUAUAAAGUUGAACAGGAACGACUGACGUAUUGUAAGUCGACAAUAUUAGGGUGUGGAGACGAAUAUGAGGUUGGAAGUGUGUUUGAAGGGAUACCAAAAAGCGUCUGCGGUGAUGUGGACUUCAUGAAGAUUUUGCCAACAUUUCCGGUUGUGGUAUGGCAAUCGCAAACCAAUGGGAGAACACAGAGGCCUGGGCGUGUAAUAGCUGAGCUGAAUCCAAGCGAACCAGCGUAUCUAAGACUCAUGGCAAUUGAUAGAUCGUGUCUACAUAAGGAUUUUAUAAAUCACAUUGAUGACAAUGGGUAUUUAAUGACCAACACUUUCAUGGAUAGUUUUAUGAGCACGGAUGAUGAUAAUAUUAUGAACCCAAAUUUGAUUGUUUCUAGGAAGAGUGGUCCCUCAUUAGAAGGUUCAUUUUGUGAGAAGUAUUAUGAUUUUAUACAAAAGGUAGACACAGUCUUUUGCUUGAAGUGUGAAUCAUGGCCACCUAACUCUACUGACUAUAUUACUAGAAAAAGGCCGAGUAACUGGCCAUCACCGGAGCUGAUAAAAGAUGUGUCUAAUCUAGAUUGUUUUGUAGUUCCCAUUGGACAACUGAAUAGUGCGUCAAAAAAUACUGAAUGGAGAUUAUCGUUUUCCUUAGCUGAGAAAGAGCUCAUACAUAAUAUGAAUGAAUGUUUCGCUAACUGCAUGUAUGCUCUGAAAGCAGUUAAACAAAAGCACAUUGUAGGCAUAUGUGAUUCUGACAAACCAACGCCAUUCUGCUCGUAUUUCAUAAAGACCGCUUGCUUGUGGAUGUGUGAAACUUUACAUACAGAUGACAACAUCAUGAAUUUAAUUAGAAGUGUACUUGAUUGGCUUAUUGAAAGUUACAAUAGCCGAAAACUGCCUCAUUAUUUUAUAUCUGGGCAAAAUUUGAUUGGUCAUCUAUCGAAAGCACAAUGUGAAAAAGUAAAAGAAAAAUUGAUGGAAGUUAAGACCGAUAUCUGGGUAAUGGUGAUUUCAAGUGUUGAUUUUGUUAACUUUGCUAAAUUUGAUUCUACGCCUAAUAAAAAACCAAUAAACGAACAAACAAACAUAACGCCUAUGGAUUAUCUUUGCGAUGAGCUCAAAAUUCAGAGAUAUGACAACUUAGAAGAUAUGUCUAAUCACCCAUGGGCUAGAGUAGAUCUUGAACAGUAUGUUUCUGAGAUAUGUCCAGGUGGCAAUAUAUAUAGAUGCGCAAUAUACAAUCCGUGUUGGAAAUGGACAGAAAAUGUUUUAUCACUCAUAUUUUUUAAUAUUAAUUAUUUCAGUAUAAAUGUAAAAACUCAUCAAUGCUCUAAAAUUCUUGAAUUUCCAGGAGAAAUCGUUCUCCCUUUUGUAAAAAAUAUUGAAAAGAUUGCGCCACAGGAAUGUGGAGAAAUGCUCAAGACGCAAUUAUAUAGAAUGUUAGGUAAUAUGUAUGUGUAUUUAUUGAUUUACUUACAAAAAUAUUGCCGCCAGUGUCAAAAUCUGACUCCCUAUCGGCAAAAGCCGUUGGAUUACUAUAAAUUGGGUUAUGAAAUGGUUUACAUUGAUGGAAGGUCUGAUGGAGGUAUAGGUGGUCUAGCUCUUAUAGUACAAUACCAUUAUUUAUUUGGUAAUUAUGAAGAAUUGAAAACGCUACUUGCAGAGUGUAAACCUGAACUUAUUAAACUUAAAGAAAAUAAUGAUGAUUUUAUGAAUAAUCUUCAUAGUAUAAAUAUAAACCAAGACAAACAUUCAUACUUGGUACAGAGUGCCUGGGAAAUUGAUAAAGGACUACAUCAACUUUUGAAAAGUAAGCCUACUUUUGGACUUGCAGUAAUGGAUCCUGUCGUAUUUGUCUUUUAUGUAAUGGCCAAAGUAUACAUUAGAGAGGGAGAACUAGAGAAUGCAUCUGCGAUUGUGAAAGAAAUUGAGGUAUGCUUGAAGAGAAUUCGAAACAAAGAAGAGGUAUCUGAGUUCACCAAGUCAAUGAUUAAAUUGAUAGAAAAUGAAAUACUAGAAAAAAAGUAAAAAAGAAUGUUAUACUGUUCGAAUGAUUUAACACCUUUAGAAAGACCCACCCUUGUUUAUAUCCUUUAUGAAUGUCAUGUCAAGCAAAUCAAUUAUUUGAAGUGAAUAUUGCAUUUUUUAUUUUACAAUUUAUUUAUUUUUAUACGAUUCUAACAGGGUAACACAGCAAUAAUAAUAAUGAUGAUAAUAUGGCCUACCAAUUGUUAUUUACCACUAAUAGUUAUACAGUAGUAAUAAAAUACUUACUACUAUUAUUAAUUAUUGUUAUUUACCAUAAAUGCUUGAAUAAGCGCUGCUGUAGAAUAAGCACCGCACCAAACCUGAUUUUUUUCGCUAAGAGCUUCUCUUGAAUAAGCACCACGGCGCUUAAGCAAGUGUAUACAGUAUAUUACCUGUGUGUAAUGAAACACUUUGAAAAACAGUAUUUUAAAUGCAAUGUAUACAGAGUUAAAAUGAAUGAAGUCAAGCAUUUCCUUAUAAACUCAUUUUUACGAUGAAUAAAGUAGGACCCAUGAUAGACCUACGGGAAUAUGUGAUAUAGGGAGAGUAACAUGGGAACUGGCAUGGAAAGCACCAUGCCGAUAAGCAAUUAGUAGAGUAGUAGAGUAGAUUGACUUAUAAUAUUUUUUAUAAGCUCUCGAUUAAGCGCUCCAAUAAAGCUUCCAAAAACAUUAACAAUACUUUCUUUCCCUUUGGACCGCAAAAUAUAAGUACUGUACAAACACAUUGUGCUGUGAGUAUACUCAACCGAGUUUAUGCACAGUAAUGGAUGAUGAUGGUGAUUGUAAUAUGCGCACUAAUAUUGUUAAUUACCACUGAAUUGUUUCAAUAUACUUAUACUGCUACUGUAGCUAGCAUUUACUGUAGAUACUCGUACACUAAUGAAGGGAGAAGGUGCUACCAAAAAUUUUAAUUAAUUUUUUUAAUUGCAGAUACAGUAUUUAGAUUAGAUUUUCUCAAUUUGAAGCACCUUACUGUAUGUCCAAAAGUGAUGAGCCUGUAUUCUAACAAUAAUUGUAUGUGGAAUAGGCUAAAUAUUAAGAGAUGAUGCCUUUAUGUCAAAGUAGAGUAAAUUAAAACUUUUUUACUAUUAGGGUUUUUUUCGAAAUCCAGUUAGCCGAAACUUGGUUUGCCGAAACCUGGUUUGCCGAGUUUAUACCCAGUCUGCCGAAUCCAAUUCACUGAAAAGGGUGACAGACGAUCGGGCCCACCCCAUUUCUAGACAAUCGGUCCCAACUAGUGUGGACUAUCAGGCACACGCCAAGCCAAUAGGGUCCACCGAGUGUAGACUUUUGGGCCCAUUUUCAAAAAUGGAGGAUAGACAAUAUCUUCAAGACAAUCGGACCAGGGAGAUGCAAAAAAUUAUUUUUUAAAUCUCCCUGAUCAGACCCAUUUUCUCAAACACGAUCAGUAAAAUGUAUGGAAUACCAGCAGCACUAUAUCUAUUGAUUGUAUUAGGUAUAAUGCAGGCCUAGCUUUCAUAUUGUGUUUCUUAACCUUUUAUAUGUAAUUGUAUAUUGAAUUUCUUACCUUUUAUUGCAGUGUAUAAAUGAAGAAUUUCUGAUGUAUUUAUUUUAAAUAUAUUAGACCAAUAAAGAUAAAGAUAUUGUACUAUAUUGAAAAUUUGACAAUAUUUUUUGUUUUAUCAUAAUCAAAUCACUAAUAAAUUCCAAUGUGUUCACAUCAUACUUGUAUUUUCAGAUAAAAUUUAAAGUUGAUGAAUAUUUUUCUGUGAAUAUUACAUGACAUUAACUUAUGUAUUCUUUUAUUUUAUUUAUCAGGACACAAACGUAUUUAAACAUUGGAUCUGUCAAUAUUAAUAUAUCUGUCAAUUUCUACUAUAAACGAUUUAUUUCUUUUGUAUAUUAUUAAGACCUGUAUACUAAUAUUUAAUAUUAUCUGCAUACAUGUUCCUUUUUUUCCUAAUUUCAAAAUAUUAUAGUGUGUCAAUUGAAAUUUAUAUAACCAUUAUUAAACAAUUUAAGUAGUGAUACCAGUUUACUCCGAUGUUAUGUACGCAAUCUCGCCAUGAUGUUAUGAUAGAUUUUAGUAAAUCACAUUUAUGUUUGUGAAAUAAAAAUGCUAAUUGA